ACCGUCCCGCGGCGUUUCUUUCCUCUCCCCCAAGACACCACCGGAACAGAGACUCCAUACACGCCGGCAUUUAUACCUCCGGCGACGCACGCACCAUCAUCACACAAAUCGCGCGGCCAGAUCACCGAGAGCCCGAUCCCGAAUCAGGAGGAGACGACAUCGGAACCCCAGGAGUCGGCGGAUUCAUCCGGAACCGGAAGCGCGGCGCCAUGUCCGCGACCGCGGGGGACGAGGCGGCGGCGGCGGAGCGCCUGGAGGCGCUGCGGAGGAAGCUCGGGAAGAAGCAGCACUUCGAGGAGGCCGUCGCCGACCUCGCCGCCACGCUCCGCGACCGCUACGCCGGCGCCUCGCCCGCCCUCCGCCAAUCGAUGUACUCUACUGUUUGCCGUGUCGCAACGGUCCUUCAGACUAGAUAUACAGCACCUGGAUUCUGGCGUGCUGGUCUGAACCUCUUCAUAGGAGCAGAGAAGCUCUUAACUAAUCCUUCUGAAAAGGAGCACCUGAAGACCUGCAUUUUGAGGGCCCUAGAGCAUCUUGAUGAAAAAGAACAAGAGGAGUCGAUGCCAAGCAACAGAGUACCAGACUCUAGAUUUCUUUUUGAAGGCCACCUUACCGUGGGACAAGAACCUCCUCCUCCAGCAUGGCUUGUUGCCCAAAAUUUGGCACGUGAAUUGAGGAUUGCAGAGGAACCUUCUGGAGAUCAAGAUGGGAACACCACUAGAACAGAGUCGAGAGCAGGGGAGCUGCCACCUGCUUUUGUGAACUUCUUAAACACCAUAUCAGGGACAGGGGACAUUGAUUUCGAAGCUGCCUUGGAAGCAUCACUGCAGGGUACUACAGCACAGCCCAAGGUACCCCCAGCUUCAAAGGAAGUCGUCGCAAAUCUUCCUGUUGUAACUGUAACUGAAGAAGUCAUUGCUAGACUGGGUAGUGAGACUGAGUGUGCUGUUUGCCGGGAAAACUUGGUUGUCGAUGACAAGAUGCAGGAGCUGCCGUGCAAGCACCUUUUCCAUCCUCCAUGCCUCAAGCCUUGGCUGGAUGAGAACAACUCCUGCCCGAUCUGCCGGCAUGAGCUGAGGACAGAUGACCAUGCGUACGAGAGCCGGAGGGAGCGGGAGCGAGAGGAGGAGGAAGACAGGAAGGGAGCGGCCAAUGCUGUCAGGGGUGGGGAAUUCAUGUACAUUUGAAUAUCUGAUAUCUGAAGUGCAGUUACUGUUUGUGCUGGGGAAUGUAAUGCAAUCCAUCUUGUGGUCUGCUCAUGUCUUACGGUCGUGACACCUCAAAUUAAGCAUGUUAUGUUGCUCGUAAAUUAAUCACGGCCCCAGUUUGUUGCCA